AUGGUAGAUGCCCUCAGCCAACGAGUCCACUUGCUGAACCUCGUGAAGGUUCAAGUGACAGGAUUUGAGUCCUUACUGGAUUCUUAUGUAGAUUGCUCGAACUUCGACCAUGUUCUACGAGUACUUUUGGAUGGUCUAUCACGAGAUCAUAAGGACUUCCUUCUGGUCAAUGGAUGUCUGUUCUUUAGGAGCAGAUUGUGCGUUCCAUGCACAUCCCUCCGUGACUUCCUCACUUGGGAAUGUCACGCAGGAGGUCUAUUCGGCCAUUUUGGUCGCGAUAAGACCAUUGUAGCGGUCGAGUACCAAUUCUACUAGCUGACCCUCAAGCACGAUGUAGGGAACAUAGUCGCUCAGUGUCGAGUGUGUGCACUCGCCAAGUAGGUAAAGAAGAAUACUAGACUCUACGUGCCACUUCUAGUGUCGACCCGCCAAUGGGAUGACGUUAGCAUGGACUUCGUUUUGAGACUCCCAUGCACUGCACAACGACAUGAUUGUGUGUUGCUAGCCUCGACUUUAGAGAGAUUGUGUGCCUUCAUGGACUACCCAAGUCCAUAGUCUCAGACCGUGACGUAUGGUUUACUAGCCACUUCUGGAAGACUCUUUGGAGCUUACUUGGGACUAAGCUCAAGUUCUCCACUACUUACUAAUAAGUCUUCAUUAUCAUGAGUUAAUAAUUAGUAAAUAA